CAGUUCGCGCCCCAAGUCCACCGAACACGAGUUGGCGACCCGAGGCGACCGCGGGGGCUGAGGGGAAGGGGUGCAGAGCCGCAGCUGAGGAACGCGGGCCGCCCACCGGCUCCAGGUGCUGCGGUUCCGCGCCGGGUUUUAGCGCCUCCCGUCGGCGCCCCCCCACCAACGGCGAGCGCCGCUACGUCACAAUCACAGUGCGCAGCGAGAGCCUUGAUCCCUCCGCCCGGCCUCUCAGGACGGCGGCCUGCUGCCCACCAGACUCGGCCCAGAACCCCAGUCUCAGCAGGAGAACAUUUUAGGACGGGACCUGGGUGACGCUAGGUAACUGGUUUUCUUUCCAGAGAGCAGAACAGGCGGGGAAAAGUAGUCCCUUCUCGGCGAUUCUGCGGAGGGAUCUCCUCGGGGCGGUGAACGCCGGUGUCUAUAUAAGGACGCGCCGGGUGUGGUGCAGCUAGUUCCGUCGCAGCCGCGAGUGCAGCCGUUCCUGUUUUUCGUCAGUUGCUGUCAUCUCCGCUUGACAAUGCAGAUCUUCGUGAAGACACUGACCGGCAAGACCAUCACCCUCGAGGUGGAGCCCAGUGACACCAUUGAGAACGUCAAGGCAAAGAUCCAGGACAAGGAAGGCAUCCCUCCUGACCAGCAGAGGUUGAUCUUUGCCGGAAAGCAGCUGGAAGAUGGGCGCACCCUGUCUGACUACAACAUCCAAAAAGAGUCCACCCUUCACCUGGUCCUCCGUCUCCGAGGGGGAAUGCAGAUCUUCGUGAAGACCCUGACCGGUAAGACCAUCACCCUUGAGGUGGAGCCCAGUGACACCAUUGAGAACGUCAAGGCCAAGAUCCAAGACAAGGAAGGCAUCCCUCCUGACCAGCAGAGAUUGAUCUUUGCUGGGAAACAGCUGGAAGAUGGGCGCACCCUAUCUGACUACAACAUCCAGAAGGAGUCCACUCUGCACUUGGUCCUGCGCUUGAGGGGGGGUGUCUAAGUUUCCCUCCCCUUUAAGGUUUCAACAAAUCUCAUUGCACUUUUCUUUCAAUAAAGUUGUUGCAUUCCCAA